UUGUUUAUUUAUUUUUCUUCAUUGAAAUUUUUUGUUUUCUUUUAUUUUGAUUGUGUGUUAAUUAAUAUUUAUAUUUAUUAAGUUGUAUUUUCUUUUCUUCUUUUCUUUAAUUUUCUUUCUUCACUUUUUCGCUGUGUGUGUUUGAAUGUGUGAUUGUUGAAUCUUUUGUUUUGUUUUCUGCUUCUUUUUGGUUCAUUAUGUCUGAUAUUUAUUUUAAUCUUAGUGAACUUCUCAAUUCUUUAACCGAUAAAGAAGGUGAGAUUCCUUUUACUAACAAUAAAGCUGGAGUAUCAGUUAUUAUUCCUGAUCCUGAUACACAAAAUUAUACCUUUGUUGAGGAUAAAUAUGGCGGAGAUAAAAAGUCAACCUCUUCCAAGAUUGAAAAGGAUGUACAAGCCACUCGAAAAGUAUUAGAGUCUCUCCUGUUGGGAGAAAAUUUAACCGAACAAUAUUUCAAACCAGAAAUGGUUCGAUUACCUCCACCAUUACAUGUCGCUGAAGAUGAGCUUGCAUGGCUUUUCCCUUCAGAAUUGGAUGAUUUCAAAAUGGUCUGGGAUCCAACUGUGUCUUCUCGUGUCUCUGGAGUAUCAGAAGCUAAAACUCUAAUGUCCAGAGCCUUUGAAUCAACUUUAACUGUUGACCAACAGAAAACUUUACUCCAAGAGAUUGAAAAAGAUCAUACAUUAAUCUACCAUGUUGGAUUAACACCAGCCAAGUUACCUGAAUUAGUUGAAAAUAAUCCACUAAUUGCUAUUGAGGUUCUAUUAACACUUAUGCCAUCUAAUCAAAUUUCUGAAUAUCUAUCGGUUCUUGUCAACAUGGAGAUGUCCGUUCACUCAAUGGAAGUUGUAAAUAGAUUAACCACCGUUGUUGAACUUCCCCCAGAAUUUGUCCAUCUUUACAUUACUAAUUGCAUACAAACCUGUGAACGAAUCAAAGAUAAAUGUAUGCAAAAUCGUUUAGUCCGAUUGGCCUGCGUCUUUCUUCAAUCACUAAUUCGCAACAAGAUAAUCAAGAUUCAAGAUGUUUUCCUAGAAGUUCAAGCUUUUUGUAUUGAAUUUAGUAAAAUCCGAGAGGCAGCAGCUCUAUUCAGAUUACUCAAGCAACUUGAUUUAUGUGAACAGGAAAACUCACCACCAUCAACCACCACAACCAAUUCAUCAUCUUCAUUCAACAUUGUGACAACAUCCAAUAGCAAUAACAACACAGGCACAUCUUCACAAUCAUCUUCACCCUCAUCAUCUCAACAACAAUCACCACAAGCCUAAACAAUUAACUUGGUUUCUUUUUUUUUGCCUGUUUACUGGAAAUGGUUUCCUUUUUUUUUCUCUCUCUCUCUCUCUCACUAUUUUUUUCUUUCUCUUUCUCUCUGUCUAUCUCUCUAACCACACUUCUUAUAGACCUGAAGCAUUUUUUUCCUACAUGAAGACUAUUUUCAUUUAUUAAUUACUUGUAAUUAGAAACAAAUGGAAAUCAACAUGAUAGUAAUAUCAGCAAUAUAACUGUUCCAUUUAAAAGAAAAGCCAAAUCAAACCGAUCAUCGAUCCAUCACCACUAAGAUGUAAUUGUCUCUUCAUCCCUAUCAACCCUUACAAGGAUAAAAACAGCUGAUUAAACCUGAUAGAGUGUAAAUUACAAAUCAAAACAAAACACCGACCCAAUGGUCAACACCAAUGAAUUUUUCACCAUCAACCGGCGAUGAAAUGAGUUAACCAAUUGACUUGAUUGCUCUUAAUUUCACUUAUGACCUGAUAAACUCAACAACCUGAUGGAAACCUUUCAAACGACAAACUUUUUUAUACCUGAUUAAUUUUUGCUAAGACGAUGCGACUGUUGUUGUUGUUUUUUCUCAGGCUUCCUUUUUGAUAUCUAUCAAAAUCUAUUGAUAAAAUUUGCAUAUUGUUUAUUGAUACGAACGCAAUGAAAAGGUUGCAAUCAACGUUAAUUAAUCAAUGGAGAAAAACAAAAUGUCAACUUUAUGUACAUAUAAGAAACUCAGUUGAAACAAACUUGUAAAGUUAAAGUUUGAUCGUAAAGUUUGAUUGUACAGAAUUUACAUCAAUCAAUUAUAAUUGAUUGUAAAUCAAUGGUGGUUUGGGAAUAUUGUAACUGUUAAUUGUAAUCAUGGUGGUUGAUGAUAUUGUUUAUCGGUUGAUUAAAUUAAAACAUAUUUUCUUGUUUA